AUGUAUGUAAUUGGAGUUGGAACGAUUAAGUUUGGAAAAUUUCCAUACUGGGCAGAAUUCGAUUCUGAAAUAGUUGAAACUUCUCUCGAGUAUGCUGUACUGUGUGAAAAUUUAGUGGAAGUUAUGGAAAAACGUAAACAUUUUGCGGUGAUUGAAGACGACUUCGGACCGACGUUAGAACAAAUGGUACAAGCUGGUGGUACAUCACCAUCGUAUGACACCUUAAUGGAGGCCUGCCGUGCUCACUGUUACGGUCCAGAAGAAGUGAAUAUGCAUUGUAAUAAGAGCAGGACAACGUUUCGGUAUUUUACAGAUAAGGGUGUUGCAGAGGAUGACGCAAAAGCAUAUGCCCUCGCCAUUGCAUUCUACACAGGUAUGGGCAGUGCCAAAUUGAGUAUGGAGGCAAAUAUUGUUGCCCGCGGGCUAGUUGAUUCGGAAGAACGUUAUCCGGAUGGUAAUAAAGCUGACAUUCACGCAGCCGUCAUUAUGUACUAUCUAAUUAAAGGGCUCGCUCAUAUCAACUUUUAUUGGGGAACAGUGGUACGCUUCGUGAACCUAGAUGCAAACGACCUCAUGGAUUACGUCCCUGGAGAUAUCGUCACGUGGCUUCAGUUUAGCAGCGCAGAUAAAGGCGGGAAAGACAUGUCACAUUUUACCAAGCGUAAUACCAUCUUUACGAUAUUAUCACUAACUGGUCGAAGCAUUCAGUAUUUUUCAAAUUGUGCUGAUGAAGAAGACGAAGUUCUUUUCUUACCGCAUUCAUCUUUUCUGGUGUGCAGUGUCAAACAUGACGCAGAGCUUAGCAAAAAUCACAUAUUUUUGAGACAAGUACGUUGUUCAUUGGAGAAAAAGCUCUAAACUCUGUUGCAAUGCUCUAGGUUGAACUAGGAUUGUGUAAAAAUGUCAUACUCUGGGUCGACGACAAUAUUUUUGAUGCAAAGUGGGAAAUGAAGCGACACAUGGAGAAGGCAAGCACACUAGGAACUCAUAUUAAUGUUCAUUUUAUUCCGAAAUCAAAUUCUGAAUCAGCACUGGCAUUUCUUCGCUCGGUGUUCGGGCAAAGAUUAAAAGACAGUCAGACGUUCAGAAUCGUCACCGAUAUGAAGCGUACGAAUGAGGAGUCGGGUAGUACGGCCGGUGCCCGAUUUCUCUAUGAAGUGCGAAGACUCGGCUUUCAGCAGUCUUGUUUGAUAUUUACAGGUCAUGAACAAAAAGCAGAAGAAAAGUUGAAAUUGGUGUUUGGUUCCGAAAAUCGCGAUAGAAUUAAGAUAACUCAGGAGCCGGAGAUGCUGGAAAAGUUUGUAACAUUCAAAUGCAUUUGAAAACUGUCUCAGCCUUAUUAAAAGCAAUUCACCGCCCGUGAUAAAGUUAAAAAGACCUAGAACAAAUUCUUUUGUUUCCCGUAGAUGACUACAAUCUUUUUCAUAUCUUUUUGUUUGCAAGCAUGAAAAAAAUUGACGUAUAUUCUAUUCGAUUUAGUUCCUUCUUAUUUAGUGCUUAGUCUUUUUCCAUGAUCAAGGGAUUGAACUUACCUUUGUCUUUUUAGCUGUUCAAAAUAGGAUGGGUGUGGGUGUGGGUGUGGGUGUGGGUGUGGAUGCGAGUGUAAAAUGAAAGAACUCCACCAUCCACACUCACAUCGACACCCACCCUCACACCCCACACACAGACCCACUACCCACACCCACCGACGCCCACACUCAGACCCACACCCGUAGCCACCCACAUCCACCCACACCCGCAGCCACCCACAUCCGCCUACACCCAAACCCUACU